AUGACGCUCAGUAUCUCAAUCAACUCAGACCACGGUUCGGAUUCUUACUCCGACGACGAGGGAUCGUCAGGUGUACAUGUCACUGCGCCUUCGAUAGGAGACCAUGGGUACCAGGACUAUGAUGAGUGGGCGCAUUUGUCUUAUCCGGAUGAAUUGAAACCAUCUGAUUCCGCCUCCCGACCAAGAACUUCCCACCGCAGUCGCCCGCCCCACGGUUCAAGAUCCGCUUCGGGCCGUCGCCCAACCUCGCGACGGAUGCUUCCAGACCACCAGUACGCCUCUCGAGGCCCACGACAACCCUCGCCCGAAUCCCCGGAAAGCGAGGGCUCCGCCGACGAAUAUGCUCCCUAUGGACGGGCCCCGCCUGACCGGCGACAAUGGCAACAACCCAUGCCGCCAGCAGCGUACCCGCCCAGCCAAUCCUCCGGCCCCUCCUUCAACCAGCCGUACCCUCCUCCGCCGGGACAUGCCCCGUACCCGCACAAUGCCCCCGUUACCUCCGACCUCAUGAGGAUCGGAAGCGGUCCACAGAACCCUUACGGGCCCGGUUAUGGGUAUCCUCCACAGUUCCCGCAUGGCUCCCCCUUUCAUCCCGAUCAAGGUCUACAACAUCAACGGCAUGCGCCCCGUCAACCACAGAUGCAUAACCCAAUGCAGCCGCCGAUGGGACACCCAAUGGCCCCGCACCACGGCCCGGGCUCUCCGUAUGGGGGAUAUCCCCACGAGUUAAUGCCCUACGGUCAAGCCCCCGCGUAUCACCACCCCGGCUAUUUUCCAGGGGCCAUGCAGGGGAUGGUCCCUCCCUACUGGCCUCACUAUCCUCAAAUAGCGACACCCCCACAGCCCGAACCAAAAUCGCCCCCAACGCCAGCCCCAGCCCCAGCCCCCACGCCGGCGCCAGCUCCCGAACCGGCCCCGGCCCCACCGCCAGCACCCCCUCAACCCCCGGGUCCCAGUCCAGCGGAUAUCGCCAAGGAUGAGCAAAUUGCCCGGCUCGAGAAGCUGAUCCUCGAUGAUCGCAAUGACCGCGAGGCAAAAGAACUAGCGAAGAAGCAGGCCAUCGAGCGCGCAGCGGCGGAAUUGGCAGCCCAGGAAGCACAAGAUGCCCAUGAUAGGAAAAUCACUCAGGAAGCGGCGGCUCUUGCUCGAGCCGACGCAGAGAAAAAGGCCGCAGAGGAUGCAGCAGUAGCCAAGGAGGAAGCAGAGAAGACUGCCGCCACCAGAGCUACCGAAGCUGCAGCUGCGGCCACAGCAGCUGUCCAUGAAGCUGCAGCCAAGGCCCAGAAGGAGGCUGAUGAAGCCGCAGCCAAAGCCCAGAAGGAAGCCGAGGAAGCUGCGGCCAAAGCCCAGAAAGAGGCUGAAGAGGCGGAGGCCAAGGCUAAUGCACCACCUCCACCCCCAGAGAAGAAGAAGCCUAUCAAGUUCAAAGAUGCCGUUGGGAGGAAAUUCAGUUUUCCCUUUGAGCUGUGUGCGACCUGGCAGGGCAUGGAAGAACUCAUUCGACAAGCUUUCUUGCAUAUUGAAGUCAUUGGACCGCAUGUGGCCGAGGGGCACUAUGAUUUAGUGGGCCCAAACGGGGACAUCAUUCUCCCUCAGGUCUGGGAGACUGUCAUCGAGCCUGACUGGGCAAUUACCAUGCACAUGUGGCCGAUUCCCGAAAAGCCCAAGGAAGAACCUGCGCCACCACCUGAGCCAGCUCCCGAAAAGCCUGCCGAUCCACCACCCCCCGAGCCAAAGAAAAAGCCAGACGGGCCAAAGAAACCACCAGUUCCCGGAAGCUUUGCCAUGUGGAUGUUAGGUGGCACCAAUCGACGAGGCGGUCGAGGCGGUGCUAAAGUCGAAAAGAAGGCCGAAGCCCCGGCCCCGGCCCCGGCCCCGUGA